AUGGCCCCGAAACAUUCGAUUAUACCGACAUAUGUGCUUGGUGUGGGCUUGACAAAAUUCGUCAAACCACGAGGGAAGGUCGAGUACACGGAGCUUGGGUACGAGGCGGGCAUUAAAGCCAUGCUGGAUGCUCACAUUACGUAUGACGAUGUAGAAAUGGGAGUGGCGUGCUACUGCUACGGCGACAGCACCUGUGGGCAGCGCGUAUUCUACCAAUUUGGAAUGACCGGUAUCCCAAUCUACAACCAAAACAAUAAUUGCGCGACAGCAUCAACGGGCCUGGCCAUGGCGAAGAACUUUGUCGCACACGGCGCAGCCGACUGUGUCCUUGUCGUGGGAUUUGAGAAAAUGAAUCCUGGUAGUUUAAGUUCUUUCUGGAAGGAUCGCACGGAUCCUUUGGCGAGGAGUCGGGCCAUGAGUGAGACGAUCAGACCAUUGUCCAAAGCUCCUUUUGCUGCGCAGCUAUUUGCAAACGCCGCUCAGGAAUAUAUUGAUAAGUAUGGUGCAGAACCACGGGAUUUCGCAGAGAUCGCAAGAGUCAAUCACGAACAUUCGCAAAGAAAUCCAUACUCCCAGUUUCAAGAUGUGUAUACGACAGAUCAAAUACUCAGUGCACCAAAGAUUGAAGGUGUUCUGACCAAAUUGCAAUGCUGUCCUACCAGCGAUGGAGGAGCUGCUGCAGUUGUCGUGUCUCAGGCAUUUCUAGAUGCUCGUCCAGAACUUAAAUCGCAAGCGGUUUUAAUCGCAGGCCAACGUAUCGCCACUGAUCCGCUGUCCACAUACAAUGGUUCAGCAGUUAACUUAGUCGGCCAUGGAAUUACCAAAUCCAUUAUCAAAGAUGUUUUGGAAGAGGCACAAGUGAGAUCGAUUGAUGAUAUCAAACUGGUGGAGCUUCACGACUGUUUCUCGCCUGCAGAGAUGGUUUUUAUCGAUGCGUUGGGACUCUGCGAGCCCGGAAAAGCUCAUGAGUACGUUCGCAGUGGAAAUAUCACUUAUGGUGGAAGAACAUUGGUUAAUCCAUCAGGUGGCCUUUUGUCGAAAGGCCAUCCGCUCGGUGCUACCGGCCUUGCACAAUGCGCGGAGCUAGUAUGGCAUCUACGGGGUUGGGCCAACAACCGCCUAGUCGAAGGCACAGACUCAGCUCUUGCACAUAACCUUGGACUUGGAGGUGCUGGCGUCGUCACUGUUUAUAAACGUGCUGAUGGCAAGCCCAAUGCGAAGGUACCUGACCAUGAGGUUGCCAAAUUGACUGGCUUGGGUUACAACCCUGCCGUGGAAGCGAGAGGGUUUACCAGGGCUCAGGCUCAGCAGGUGCGCUCGGCGACAGCGGGCAGUGAAUGGGCAUUGGGAGAUACGCAGACGAAGCUUGAGGCUAGGUUUUGA